AUGUUACUGAGCGGAGCACCUCCCGCGGGCUCCGGCCCCGCGCCGCGGGCGCAGGGGAGCGCGGGGGGCGGCCCGGGGGGAUCGCGCCGGGGCGCGGGGGCCGGCCCAGGAGGGGGCGGCAGCGGCGGAGUGGCCAAGUGGCUCCGGGAGCACCUGGGCUUCCGCGGGGGGGGCGGUGGUGGAGGAGGGGGCAAGCCGGCGCCCCCCGAGCCGGACUACCGGGCCCCGGCACCCUCGCCGGCCGCGCCCCCCGCGCCGCCCCCGGACAUCCUGGCCGCCUACCGGCUGCAGAGAGAGCGCGACUUUGAAGACCCGUACUCCGGGGGGCCGUCCGGCACCGCUGCCCUGGCCACCCCCACCGUUCCCGGCCCUACGCCGCCCCCGCGCCACGGUUCGCCCCCCCAUCGCCUUAUUCGGGUUGAGACCCCUGGACCCCCAGCGCCCCCUCCCGAGGAGCGAAUCUCUGGGCCCCCUGCCAGCAGCGACAGGUUGGCUAUCCUCGAAGACUAUGCAGAUCCAUUUGAUAUCCAGGAAACGGGUGAGAGCCCGGCAGGAGCUGCAGGAGCCUCAGAGAAGGUCCCUGAAAAUGAUGGCUACAUGGAGCCUUAUGAGGCCCAAAAGAUGAUGGCUGAGAUCCGGGGCUCCAAGGACGCGGUGGCAGCUCAGCCCCUGCCACUGUAUGACACACCUUAUGAACCAGAGGAGGAGGGAGCCACUCCAGAGGGUGAGGGAGCCCCCUGGCCCCGGGAAUCCCGCCUGCCUGAGGAUGAUGAGAGGCCCCCCGAGGAGUAUGACCAGCCCUGGGAGUGGAAGAAGGAGAGGAUUUCCAAAGCCUUUGCAGUUGACAUUAAGGUCAUCAAAGACCUACCUUGGCCUCCACCCGUGGGACAGCUGGACAGCAGCCCCUCCCUGCCCGACGGGGACAGGGACAUCUCCGGUCCAGCCUCGCCCCUCCCCGAGCCCAGCCUGGAGGACGGCAGCGCCCAAUUCGAAGGAUCGGAGAAGAACUGCCUGUCACCUGGCCGCGAAGAGAAGGGGCGGCUACCUCCCCGGCUCUCUGCAGGGAACCCCAAGUCUGCCAAGCCCCUAAGCCUGGAGCCUAGCAGUCCCCUGGGGGAGUGGACAGACCCAGCACUACCUUUGGAAAACCAGGUCUGGUACCAUGGGGCCAUCAGUCGAACAGAUGCCGAGAACCUGCUCCGGCUGUGCAAAGAGGCCAGCUACCUGGUGCGCAACAGUGAGACCAGCAAGAAUGACUUCUCCCUCUCUCUCAAGAGCAGUCAGGGCUUCAUGCACAUGAAGCUGUCUCGGACCAAGGAACACAAGUACGUGCUGGGCCAGAACAGCCCGCCCUUCAGCAGCGUCCCCGAAAUCGUGCAUCACUACGCCAGCCGCAAGCUGCCCAUUAAGGGGGCUGAGCACAUGUCCCUGCUCUACCCCGUGGCCAUCCGGACUCUGUAGAUAUGAGGCCCCAGCACUGUGACAGAUCUGGACCAGCCCUGUGCCCGUCCCCCGUCCUCGGGACAGGACCUCUCCCCUACCUUUCUUCCCGGUCCCGGAGGGGUGGAAGCCAGAGUCCUUAAUUUAUUCUAAAGGGGAAGGGCUGCCCAGGAGCCGACAGCAGAGGAACCCAUCACUAGGGAGAAAGGAGAGCCCUGCCGGAAGGGAGUGCCGGAGCCCUGGGUCUCCCGAGCAUCUCCCCGGAGCGACGACCCCUCGGCCCACCACCACCUUCUCCCGGGGUCGGUGCCGGGUGGGGCGGGGACAGACCGCGAGGCGCCCGGACCUCGCUCCGCCUCCAGCCCGGAACCACGGGCGGGCUCCGCCCUGAGUCUGGUGCGCCGCUCCGGGAGGCCGGGCCGGGGGGAGGCGCUGCGGCUGGGGAGGCGAGGAGGGGAAGGAGGGGCUCGGGCCGGAGGGAACUUGUGCGGUCCCCGAGCCACCCCGGCUCCCGGCCAGAGGCAACAAAUAAAGCGCGUCCCGCCAGGCCU